AUGCCCAGCUUCAACAAAUCAUCUACUACUAUUAUACCCAGCGUUAAAACCGCCAACAAAUCAGCACCACCAUCUACUGUUCGACUUGAAGGCUACUUGAUGAAACAAAAGCAUGGGAAAUGUAGAGCCUGGCUCAAGAGAUACUUUGUGUUGUAUGGCGAAGAGCUUCGAUACUACAAGAACAAGGACGAUCCUAAUGCGCUGGCAGUCAUCUCCCUGGACCAUUACAGCUUAGUCCCUGACGCUCAGCCUGUAACAUCACUCAAUCAAAAGCAAUCAAAGCUCAACACCUUUUGCUUAGUGUCAGACGAUGAAACAAAGUUUGACUGGCCUGAUUACUAUCUGCAAGCACCUAGCGCAGAAGAAAGAGCAGUGUGGGUCGAUAAUCUACAAGAUCAUGUAUUCCAAUCUACAACAGUCUUGGAAAAGUGGCUAGACAGACUACAACUCCCCCCACAGGAUAUGCAGGCAUUAUCUAUCCAUCAACCCUCCACAACUUGCUCGGAAACAACAGCUACUACCAACACAACCUUCAUCAAACAACUGCCUAGGCUACCAACAUCUCCUGUGUCUCCCACGACACCCUCCUCCUCCUCCUCUUUCAUCAGACUAUCAUCAACUCAAAAGCAACAGGCUCUUCGAUAUUUCAAAUCCGCCGAAUCACUCAACACAUUCACUACUCGCUCCUCCUCCAAUAUGUCGUCUGCUGGUAAAAGAAGACCGUCUGACUUCAUGCAAUCAAGAAGCUCUGAUCUGUCCUCGAAAUUACUAUCGACCAAAAUGUUUAGCUGGACACGAUCCAAAUCCAACAACUCAUCCGUGUCAUCUAUCCCAGAGUCUCUACACACUACAGAUGCUGAUGAUGGUGGGCGUGCUUUGCUCACACCGAAAAUUGCCCUAGAGUCGCCCAUCAUUCAUCCCAGUGAAUACAACCAUGAUGAUGACCCCAGUGAGCGUAUCAGAGACCCAACAGCAAAUUACUUUUAUGCCAAAACCAAGCCAUUUCCAGAGCUUCAACAGCAGCGAUCUCAUCAUCCACAACUCAUCUAA